AUGGAUUCAUCUCAAUCUCAACCUCAACAACAAAGUACUAAUAUUGGUAGUAGCACGGGUAGUGGGUCAAUUGGUGCGGAAUCAUUGUCUAGUGAGGGUUCUCCUCCAUUGUGGAGGUUUGUAACAAGAAUUGAAAAACAAGGGGCGGUUGGUGGAACAUGGAAAUAUCGAUGUAAUUUUUGUAAUGAAAACCGAACAUCUAGUUAUUCAAGAGUUAGGGCCCAUUUGCUUCAAAUUAAGGGUCAAGGCAUUGCAUGUUGUAAGAAAGUGUCUCGUGCUGAUAAACUUGAAAUGCAAAAACUUGAUGAUGAAUUUGAGAAUAAGAAACUUGAUUCGGGCCCUAGAGAAGUUCCUUUGCCUAGUGAAUCUCUUUCUCAUUUGGACUCCGAUGCUAUGUUCAAGAAAAGGAAGUCUGAAAAAUCACCAAUUACUAGAUGUUUUGGUAUUGAAACUAGGGAUCAAUUGGAUCAAGAGAUUGCAAUGAUGUUUUACACAGGAGGGUUGCCAUUUAAUCUUGCUAGGAAUCCACACUAUAUGAGGUCCUAUACUUUUGCUGCCACUCAUAAUAUAGCAGGUUACAAACCUCCUGGUUACAAUAAGCUUAGAACUACAUUACUUGUGCAAGAAAAAGCUAAUGUAGAGAACCUAAUGAUUCCACUAAAGUCAACUUGGAGAGAAAAAGGGGUGACAAUUGUGAUUGAUGGAUGGAGUGAUCCAACAAGAAAACCUCUCAUUAAUUUCAUGGCUACUUCUGGUAAUGGUCCAAUAUUUCUUAAAGUUGUGAAUUGUUUUGGUGAAAUAAAAGAUAAAUAUUUCAUUGCUAAUCUCAUGAAAGAAGUUAUUCAAGAAGUGGGUCACCAAAAUGUAGUGCAAGUCAUAACUGAUAAUGCAGCAAAUUGCAAAGGGGCUGGGAGCUAA